AUGACCGCUACAUCAGUUACUGCGGCUCUCCUGAUUGCUGUUUCUGUUUUCUUUGCCAUGCGCCGUUUGCGCGGAAGCCCGAAGGAGCCGGAGCCGGAGCUUGUAGUUCGCUCGUCGGAAGCUGCCAUACAACUCAACAAGCUCCUUGCAUCUGCCUUACCUGAGGAUGUUGUGGUUUUGCCUCAAAAUGCUGCUACUUUCAGGAAGUCAAUGAACACAUAUUGGGCCCAGCAGGAGUGUGAGGUCGUGCCUGCGUGUGUUGUCCGGCCUCGGAAUAUCGACCAGCUCUGCACAGCUGUCACUAUUCUUAAAGGGGAGUACGACAGGCGAAGGAGUUUAGAUGAUGAGAAAGGCGGUAUUAAGGCGGGUGGCUUAUUUGCUGUCCGUAGCGGUGGCCAUUCAGCUGUCUCUCAUGCCGCGAGCAUCGAGGACGGUGUGAUGAUUGAUAUGAGCCUAUUCUGCGACGUGACCCCAUCGAAGGAUGGGUCGAGCGUCGUAAUCGGCGCGGGAGCUAGAUGGGGUCCAGUUUUCGAAGCUCUGGCUGCGAAGGGUCUAGCUGUUGCUGGUGGACGAAACUCACAUGUUGGCGUCGGCGGCUUGACAUUAGGAGGUGGAAUUUCCUUCUUUUCUCAACGCGUCGGUUCGGUAUGCAAUAAUGUUCUGAGCUACGAAGUCGUACUGGCCUCUGGGGCCGUUGCCACAGCUUCACCUACCUCCAACCCCGACCUCUGGCGUGCCUUGAAAGGUGGUGGUAAUAACUUCGGUAUCCUCACUAGCAUUACUCUACGCAGCUUCCCUUCUACCGACAUAUGGAGCGGUUUCCUCUAUAUGCCAUCCAGUAGUGCUCAAAAGGCCCUGCAUGCGUUCCACGACUUUGUUCACAGAGCCCAUCCCGACAAUACUGGAAUUACUUAUGAUCGCCAUGCGUCCGGUCCGAUCGCAUGUUUCACUUACCUGCAGCAACUUGGCAUCCAGGCGGUCUCAGUCAACCUCGUCUACACGAAGCUCCCUGAGAAGAAGAACAAAUGGCCUGAGUGUUGGGAAACUUCUGGCUUCAAAUCACUUUGGCGCUUCUGGAGUACUUGCAAGGUCCGUCCACUCGCAGAUGCUUGUGAUGAAAUGAACUCCCUUAAUCCUCCUGGUAGACGUCAGGUGCUUGCUACCACCACCACCAAGAACGACAUGGCAACGCUACAAGCCGUCUACGCUGCCUAUAAAGACGCUAUUGCGCCUAUCAAACAAGCUAAUAUCAAGGGCAUGUCAUGGACGCUCGUCUUGCAGCCCAUGCUAGCAAACUGGGCUGGGGAUGGCUGUGACGGAAAUCCCUUUGGUCUAGCCGAUACCAAAGAGCCUCUUGUGAUUGUCUCCUUUACCGUCAAUUGGAUUGAAAAGAGUGACGAUAAGCUCUCUGAGAAGCUAACUCGCGACGCAAUUGAGCAGAUCGAUGCCGCUGCCUCUGUCAACGGGACUGGCUAUCGGUAUCGAUACAUGAACUACUGUGGAGACUGGCAGAGGCCAUUUGAGGGAUACGGAGAGGAAAACGUACAACUCUUACGCGACGUAAGCCAGAAGUAUGAUCCGGAGGGCUUGUUUCAAAGAGGCUGUGUAGGUGGGUUUAAGCUUGAUAUAGAAUAUUCCUAA